CAUUUUUUUAUUGUAUUUUAAAUUAAGUUUUGAAAAUAUAAUUUAUUUUGAUUAUUUGACGUUAUUUUAUGAAUAAAAGUUAGUCCGUUAUCAGGAAUAAAUCGCUUAAGGUUUUUUUAAUAACGUUAUCACAAUUGAGCAUUAUAUUUCAUUAUUUCAUAGCGUAAUAACGUUGUAAUGAUUUAGUUACCAUUUAUGACGCAGCUCAUUUACGUUGUAUGAUCACUUUAUGUAUAAAAAUGUUUGUUAUUUUAAAGACUCCUUAGUGUAUUACGUACAUAUGAAUAAUUCACUUUGCUACAAUGUCUGCUAACAUGAGCACUCGUGACAAACUUUUUGGAUUGCUUGAUGAUUUUGAGCUUUUAAGCAGAGAACUUAUUGAAAAUUUGAGUGGUGCUCGCCAACAAAAAGUAAAUGUACAACAUCAAUUGCUGCUCACUGAACAACUUGUAUCAACUGAUAAUGAAAUAAAAGCAACUCUUAAAGUGGCUGAAAACCAAGCUGAAGUAGAAAAAAAUGUUUAUGCUAUUAAAUCAGAAAUAGAAACACAAGAUCUACAUAUUACACAAAUGCAAAAGCAUUUUAAAGAAGCUGAAAACAUUUUGGCGACUGCUUUGUUUCAAGCUAAACAAAAAUUACAGUCUAUAAAUAAAGCUAGUAAGCAUCCAGUGUCUUCAGAAGAUCUCAUUAAAUAUGCUCAUAGAAUAAGUGCUUCGAAUGCCGUUUGUGCCCCACUUACAUGGCAACCAGGCGAUGCUCGUAGGCCUUAUCCCACUGAUAUUGAAAUGCGAAUGGGAUUUUUGGGUAGACUAAGUGAUUUACCACAUAACGGACAUGUAAUGCAACCCCAGGGAUUAACAGACAUAGUACGAUCUUCCAAUCAAAUGGAUCGACAAACAUCCCAACAAAAUCAAUUUGCCUGGCAUUCUUCUGGUGACAUGCAUCUAGGAGUAAGUGGAGGUGUUAUUGAUACUAGGAAUCAUUCAAAAGAUGUUUCUGAAGAUGUAGAGGUUAUGUCAACGGAUAGCAGCAGUUCAUCAUCUAGUGAUUCUCAGUAAUUAAUAGUGUAAGGCAGUUAAAAAAAAAAGUUUUUUUAAGUUAUUAAUAUAAAAACAUUUUUUUUUAAAUCUUAUUUGUACUGACUGAGCACUUACUUAAUUAUUCAUAAAAUAUGUAAUUUUAUGUAAAAAUAAAUAAAUAUAAAAAUUAUGUAA